AUGUCAGAAAUCCCCGCCGGUGGAACGUGGUUCGAUACCAUCCAGAAGUCCUUCGCGGAUGUCCCUAUCGCCGAGAAUGAGGGCAUCUCGACUGCCGAGUUCCUCGAGGCCGCCGAGGCCCUGACCACUCUCUUUGAUGUGCUCGGCUCCAAGGCCUUCCUCCCCGUCAAGAAUGAUCUGCUUGGCAACAUCAAGAAAGUCCGUGACCGGCAGCUGGCUGCCCCUGCGGAAUCCGAGACUCUACAGGAGCUGGUCUUGAACGAACUGAAGACCGGCAAGCACACCGCCACGGAGGGACUCGUCUGGCUGGUCCGCGGUCUCGACUUCACUGCGCAGGCUCUGCGCCACAAUGUCGACAACUCUGCAGUGGAACUCUCCAACUCCUUCCGCGAGGCUUACGGCGGCACCCUCAAGCCCCACCACUCUUUCGUGAUCAAGCCCAUCUUCAGCGCUGCCAUGUCGGCCACCCCGUACCGGAAGGACUUCUACGCCAAGCUGGGAGAUGACCAGGAGAAGGUCUCGGCUGCGCUUUCGAAGGAGGUCGCCGCUCUGGAGAAGGUGGUGAGCAUCCUGAAGACCUUCCAGGCACGCAAGGAAGCCCAAUGGUAG